UGCGGCUUGCUAUCUACGUCCAUUUCUCAUCUUCAAACUCUUACGUACCAGCUCUGACACGGCCGGCUCUCGAAAGUCUGAUAUCGCAUCGCCGGGCUUGUUUUCGCUUAUCCUCCGGCUAUUCCGCGUUGUAACAUUCCCGUCAUGAUCGCACAUGUCCUUGCACUGUCCGUCUCUUCGCCUCGUUGCUCAAACGCUGUGUCGGAGGAUAGAUACAGCCUGUGAUCUAGGUCGCCACCGAGUAUACAGGACAACUGUGAUGCUUUCGGGCCACGACUUCACCGCCGCAAACAGCGGUGACAAGGCUCAUGCAGACCUACAAGCAUACAAUGCGCACUGCUGCACUGCAAGCGCUGCCAGCAAACCUGUCUUCGCGGACAACCAACGAACUCCCAUGGCGAUGCAACUGUAUACUCGACAGAUCCUGGGCCUGUGCCUUGUUUCGUGUUGAUACUGCUGGUCGCAGGCUUCACACCGCUGCUGCGCUCGCGACGAGAAUGUUCUUUCGUCCAGACACCGCCAAAUGAAGGCAGUUGUCUGCUAUGUCCAGCAUACCAAGUUGCUGGAAUUACAAGAGUAGGUCGGCUCAGAAUGAUGUCCAUUGUCGUUGAACGUGACAUGCUUCUCAAAGGGCGCGAGAGACACGCCGUCCCACUGCCGCCCCGGGGGCCGUCCCGUCCGUCCGUCCCGCGACCCAAAGACCUGAGGCCGAGACGUCACUAUCCAGACUCACGGCUAGUAUACUAUAAUGCGCAUACUAUUGAUGCUAUGAAAAUCUCCGCAUGAGCCGCUAACAUGGUGGCAGCAUCGAUGAGAAUAGUAGACAUAUCCACGAGUCCAUCUCAACUACAGCUACAAGGAAAAAGCUUGGAA